AACCAGUUGAACCCUCAAGAAAUACAAACCGAAAAAAGAAGAGAGUUCUUGAGUUUCAGAGAUGGAGGAAAAGAUGAGCGGUACCGAGAAGAUUUCUUGGACCAGAGGGAAGUGUUUAGGCAAAGGCUCCUUUGGUACUGUAACAUUGGCAACCAAUGAAUCCGACGGUGCUCUUUUUGCAGUUAAGUCCGUCGACUUAGCGACAUGUCUUCCUACCCAGUUGGAGUCUUUGGACAACGAAAUUAGGAUCCUCCGUUCGCUGUCCUCUCCCUAUGUCGUUGAGUAUCUCGGCGAUGACGUGACCACGAGCGAGUCGCAGACGACGACUUACCGGAAUCUGCACAUGGAGUACUUACCGGGUGGCACAGUUGCUGACGAAGCCAUUGUUAAAUCCCGAUUGGCUGACGUGGAGGAGAAGAUUUUGCGGUGGCACACGCGGUGUUUAGUUUCGGCGUUGAAUUACUUGCACAGUGAAGGCAUUGUUCACUGUGACGUGAAAGGAAAAAAUGUUUUGGUGGGCCAUGAUUCAGCAUCCGUAAAGCUGGCGGAUUUCGGCUCAGCGACGACUGAGAUUAAAAAUGAAAGCUCGAGUGACAGGUAUAGGUCCAUAAUAUCGCCACGUGGAAGUCCUCUCUGGAUGGCUCCGGAGGUGAUUCGCGGUGAUUAUCAAGGACCGGAGAGUGAUGUUUGGUCCUUAGGCUGUACCGUCAUCGAAAUGGUCACCGGGAAGCCUGCUUGGAAGGACCAAGGCUUCAACUCACUGAAUCGAAUUGCUAACUCAGAUGAAUUGCCGGAGAUACCGACUCAGCUAUCCGAAGUCGGUAAGGAUUUCGUGGAUAAGUGCUUGAGAAGGGAUCAGAACCAGAGGUGGAGCAGCAAUCAACUGCUGCAGCAUCCAUUCGUAGCAUCGGCUUCAGCGCCGAAUAUGAUCGGUGGAUCAUCUCCCCGCCGCGUUCUCGAUUUCUCCAGCUCGGAUUUCGAAGAAGACGAAAAUACGGAGAAUUCUGAAGCUUCAGCGAGAGAGAGGAUGGGUAAAUUAGCGACGGAAGCAAGGGCAAUUUGGGAAUUAGACGGAUGGGUGACCAUAAGGGGUUACUCUCCAGAAUCGUGUGUGAACUGUGACGAAGGGACAAGUACGGAAUAUCCGGAAUCGAUGAGAACAGAGAAGGAAAGGGUGUUGUUCGAUUCGUUUGAUGACAUGGGCAACAGUAACACUGUUGUGUGGCAAUGUGGUAAUUACAAGGGUGUGAAAGGGCAAAAAUGGCGGGGUGGUGCGCUACGGUGCAACUGCUGGGCUGAUUCUUCCCAUCCAGAAACGUCACGAAAGGUGGAAUUAGCGGUGGGGAUGGGGGAGUUGGGAAUAUACAGAUUUUGUAAACUAUUAUCACAACUAUUUUUGUGUAAUUUAAGAAUAUUCAUAUACAAUUUAUUGAUAAUUUUCAAUUAUCCAUAUUCUCCGCAUUUCAUUCUCAGCCUAAGUUUUUUGGUCAAAUCAAACCUGGUUUGGAAGGAAAUUUUCUCAGCCAUCACAGAGCCAAGGCAUUCGACAAAAGUUGAAGGCUUUGUCAUAGACCGCUAUCAUUGA